AGGCUGCUGGUGUGUCCAUCGGGAGGUGGAGGACAGAUAAUUUCUGCUAUAUUCCCUGUCCUUCCAACAGCUCCUAUGAGCUCUGCUCCCACACCUGCCAGCGCACCUGUGGCACUGACUCUGCCACAUGCCCAGGGCGAUGCCGCGAGGGCUGCACGUGUCAGGAUGGCUUUGUGCUCAGCAGCGAUGAGUGUGUCCCCAUGUCCCACUGUGGCUGCAGUCACCAUGGAGUCUACUACAAAGAGGGGGAGACAUUCUACCCCACAGAGCAGGAGAUGUGCCAGUGCCUCUCUGGUGGCAGUGUGGAGUGCCAAAAUACUUCCUGUCCUGAUGGUGGCCCUGGGAAAGUCAUCGAUGGUGUCUUCCAGUGUCCCUCAGAGGUGUCCAGCACCUGCGUGGCCACAGGUGACCGCACCUAUGUCACCUUUGAUGGAAUGGCCUUCAACAUGACGGGUACUUGCUCCUAUGUCCUCACUCAGACCUGCACAGGUGGCAACAUGCCAUCAUUUAUUGUCACAAUCCAGAAGGAGGCACGGCAGAAGGGAAAGGUCUCCAGGAUCCAAGCGUUGUCUGUGGAAGUCUAUGGGGUCACCUUGACCUUGAAACAAGGAAAAGGGGCAGAUGUCUUGGUAAGGUGGCACUUGAU